ACGUAGGCAAGAAGGGGAAUUGACGGCGGGUUGACUGCUGAUUUUAUUACCAAUUAAAAACCCUAUCCCCAUUUCCUCUGCAACUAAUUUUGUAUUGACCGGAGAGACACACCCCUUCGUCAUUCCUUUCAACUAUGGCAGACUCAAAGCCUUCCAUCUUUUCUUCACUAUCGUCUUCAUCUCCAUCACCAGCCAUGGCAGAUUCACAACCCUCCAACUUCUCUUCAUCAUCAUCAUCAUCUCCAUCACCAGCCAUGGCUGAUUCAUCGUCUUCAUCUUCAUCGCCAGCCAUGGCUGACUCACGACCCUCAAUGUUCAGUUUUCAUUCAUAUUCAUCUUCAUCGACAGCCAUUGCAGACUCACAACCCUUUAUCUUUGGUACAUCACCACAUUUAUCUUCCUCUUCAUCUCCAUCAACAGCCAUGGCAGGCUCAGGACCAUUUCUCUUCUCUUCAAAAUCCCCAUCUUCUACAUCUCGUGCUCAACGGAUGAGGAAAACAAAAGGAGCAAGGAACCAAAUCAACGCUGAACCCACCUCCACACAAUUAGCGACAUUUUCAACCAAGUCUUCCUCUUCUGACUCUAUAAAUUCUCCGAUUCCAAAUGUUUCACUACCCUCUUCAUCGUCAUCUGUAACAAAAACAUUGCCAGAGCUGGAAAAGGAUUCCUAUUUGCCUUUGAUGGUAGUUUCAAGAAUCCUGGAUGGCAUACCCCAAGACCCACAUUUUUAUCAGCUCAGGAACUUGUCUCAGCUAACAAGAGAGAGCUUGACAUCUGCAUUGGAUCGAGUUUUUGAAGAAACAGUGAAACAACUAUACACCCUGCAGGUACGUGAUUUCUGGCCCAAAGCCAAGGUGCUAUGGAAAACAAUGGAGGAUUUGCAAGGCAUGGGAUACAAUGUGAUUGUGUUAAGGAGACGAUUGGUGGAAUUGACUGAUGUAAUGGUGGACCUCAGGCAGGCCAAAAUGAGGAUCAAGGAGUUGAGGAUCAAGGCUGAGGAUCAUAGACUGGAGAAGAGUAGACUUAAAAAUAUCAUCUUGAACGUGCAGAAGAUGGCAGAGGAAGAGCAAGAGAGAAUGCUGCGACUGCUGACUGAAGCAGCAAAGAUGGAAAAAGAAUUGCCCAAUUUUGAUGCUGAAUUUGUCAAAUUAACCAUGAAGCCUCUCUAGAGAAUGAAGAGGUAGAGUUGAGAGUAUCGUUUUGAACGUGCAAGAAAUGUCAAAGAAAGAAUGGUUUCCUUGUUACUGGGGUUUCCUUGUAACUUUUGUUUUCUCCAUUUUACAGUGGAAGAUGCAUAAUUUGUACUUUUACUGUUUUACACAUUGUUUCUUCUUUUUGAACUGUUUACAUGGUGUUUCUUUAAGAUUCAAACGCCUGUGCUAGUGAAUUCUGUAAUUGGGCACCCAAAAGAAAGACUACAAAAACAU